AUGAAUAGCACUUACUACCUAAUCGUACUAGAUAGUUGUACUAAGUGGCCGGAGGUUUUCAGGUGCUAUAGACCAACUUCUAAGACAGCUAUAAAGUUCUUCUACGAAUUGUUUGAAGAAUAUGGUGUCCCUGACACACUAGUUUCAGACAACAGAACACAGUUCUCUAGGUAUGGAUUCAAGAACUUCUGUAAAAGGCAUGUGAUAAAGCAUAUUUUCACUCCACCUCACCACCUGAGGUCAAAUGGGCAGGUAGAAAGAUUUGUGGACACCUUUAAGAGAGCAUUAAGAAAAGUGAAUGAAUUAAGUGACGAUGAAGCACUGUCAAAUUUCUUAAGAAUAUACAGAGUGACCCCCAAUCCAAGUACAAAUUCAGGGAAGUCUCCCACAAAACUGAUGUUCACAAGAAGAAUAAAAUCCAUUUUUGAUAAGCUAUUACCAGAGAAAAAAAGACGUAAAGGAAAUAUGAAAGAGCUAACGAAAUACAUUGAGAUAAGUGAUAAAGUGCAUUUCAAAACCUAUAGAAAUGGUAAAGAAGGCUGGGAAGAUGGCUUUGUUACCAGAAAAAUUGGAAGUACAUCUAAUUAA